AGUGGAAGUGGUGAAUGAGGAGAGAACAGGCUAGUGCUUGGGCGGUUAAAGGGGACUUUGGGAAAUACAAUAUCCGUCAGAAUAACUAGUCUUUGAUAGCACACCUUCAUACCUCACUGCUAAAGAUGUCACCAGAUGAAUUAGUCUAUCUAGGAAUCCUUGGUGCAUCAAUACCUGUAGGAUUCCUCUUCCGCUACCUAAGCCCUCCAGUCAAGCAGGGGGCGGCAUUGCUCUUGGGUUUGAUCAUCUCCAUUGCUACCUGUGGGAUCCACACUCUACACUCUUUCUUUACAGUUUUAGGAACAUGGCUGAUUAUAAAGAUCAGUUGGAGAAGUGCCCCUGCUCUGUCUUUGGGCUGGACGUUUCUGUACCUCCUCUUUUUCCGUCUGGUCACCUGGUUUGGCCUCCCUCAGCCAACACCUUUUGCCAAUGCCAUUCAGCUUCUUUUAACAUUAAAGAUGGUCAGCUUAGCUAAUGAGGUUCAAAGUUAUUACUUGGAGAAGAAAAAGGAAGUGAGCACCUUCACCAAGUCCCCAGUUGUUGGAGGACUUUCCCAUGAGCCUUCACUCUAUGAAAUGAUAUCAUAUAGCUACUGCUAUGUGGGCAUAAUGACAGGUCCCUUCUUCCGCUAUCAGACGUAUGCAGACUGGUUGCAGCAGUCCUGUCCCCUGUCGCUGCCGGGUAAAGAGCCCUGCCUGCAGAGGCUGAAGAUGGUGCCCGUUUACGGAGUUCUCUUUAUGGCUGUCAACUCUGUCUUUCCCUUGUCCUAUGUCCGUACUGAAGAAUUCCUGGAGCACAACUAUUUUUACAGAUUUUUCUACAUGGUGGCAAUAUUCUUUGUAUUCCGGAUGCGUUUCUACUCCGCAUGGUGUGGGGCAGAGGCAGGUUGCAUCAGCGCAGGUCUUGGCUGUUACCCCCAGGGGGCGCUGUCCAAACCUGGGGGAGGACCAACGGUGAAAUAUAGUCCUGAUCCAGACACAGCUGUGGAGUAUGACUUCAAAACUAUCCAGAACAUUGACUGUUAUAAUACAGAUUUCUGCGUCAAGGUUCGGCAUGGCAUGCGCUACUGGAACAUGACGGUGCAGUGGUGGCUUCACCACUAUAUCUACCCCAAUGCCCCUUUCAGAGCAUACGCUCUCAGGGCUGGAUGGACAAUGUUAAUCAGCGCUUACUGGCAUGGCCUCCAUGCUGGUUACUACCUCUCUUUUCUCACCAUCCCACUGUGUAUCGCAGCAGAAUCGUCCAUGGAGGCUUCUGUCAGAGCCCGUCUGGGGCCAAAGGGCCAGAGCAUCUUCGACUGGAUCCACUGGUUCCUCAAGAUGAGGGCUUACGACUGCAUGUGCAUGGGAUUUGUUCUCCUAAAGGCCAGCGACACCGUCAACUACUGGAGCUCCAUAUACUUCAUAAUUCAUAUCAUCGCCAUUGUUUGUAUAGGAGUAGGACAAAUGAUGAAAGGAGGGAAAAAGAGAGAGAGGAGGGAAGGAGCUGAAGGAGAGAAACAGGAUGUGGUAAGAGAGAAGGCUGAGUGAAACAAAUGUGUGAUGUGAUGAUUGUGAUGAUAACUGGAGAGUUGGUAUGUUUACAC